AUGUGCUUUUCUACAUCGAAGCGUGACGCAGAUUCCGCGCUUACACCUCCGAAGGCGAGCAAACGAAUGCGCCUUCGUUUGAAUUCGGAUGAAGGCACAUCAAAUGACAACGAAUGCAACUGCCGGACUUCCUCGCAGAAUCAAUGCACUAUGAGGGAGCGCGCCUGCGAGCUUCUAGAGACCUUGGAGCGAAUCGAGUAUCACGUCGAUUAUUUGGAGGCCGAUAGGGUGCGAGAUAGAGAGGAACUUGAGGACACACGCGUGGCACAUCGUCAAGAGGUUGAAGAGUUGGGGAUUAAGCAUGACGAGGAGAUUGAAAGGUAUCGCGAGCGCAUUAACGCAUUGGAAGAUGAGGUGCGACAUCAGCAGGAGAUGCUGAACGUCCUCAACAAUAACGUCGAGUGGCUCCAGGAGGAAACGGAUCGGCAAAAGAUGGACAUCGAAAGGUUCAUUAGUGAGGGCGUUCAAGAUGGGAUGGACCGCCGAAGGACGCUUGCUUUCAUGAGAGACUCAAUCGUCGAAAUGUUUAACAGCUCUAACUUGUAA